AUGAUACGUGUUACUAGUUGUACUUUCAUAAAGACUAUGAAUGGGGCGAGAAUUAAGACAUGGCAGGGAGGAUCUGGUUAUGCAAGAGAUAUCAAGUUUGAAGACAUAUAUUUUGAUUCAGUUGAUAACCCAAUUGUCAUUGAUCAGUAUUACUGCAACGGUGUUCAUAACUGUGGAACCCAGAAAUCGGCGGUGAAAGUGAGUGACGUGACAUUCAAAGGGUUAAGAGGUACAUCAACACAAGAAGUGGCUAUCAACCUGGCUUGCAGUGAAACAGUUAGAUGCACAAACAUUACUCUCGAAAAUAUUCAAGCGAAGCAUGUCAGAAGGGAAAAAGCUACAAUUUCUUACUGCAUCAAUGCUAAUGGGAUAUCUCAUCGUACUGUUUCUCCACCUAUUCCAUGUCUUUCCUAA